AUGAUGUUGGAUAAAUGACGCAGUUUGUAUUGUGCGGUCUUGCUUGUAUUGACAGUGUGUUGAUCUCGCUGCUGUUUGUGUUGCUUAGUUAAAAGAUUCAAUGUGUUGUUCUUAUACUCUUGUACUUGUGAUGGUGAAAAAUGUGGAUUAGAACGAUUACUGUUUUCAUGAUCUACCUUAUCAUUGGAGCUAAUGCAGCUGCAGGUGCUGUAAGAGCCGUAGGCGCUGCACGAGCUGCAGGUACUGCACGAGCCGUAGGUGCUGCACGAGCUACAGGAGCUGCGCGAGCCACAGGUGCUGCACGAGUCGUAGGUGCUGCACGAACCACAGGAGCUGCACGGGCCGUAGAUGCUGCACGGGCCGUAGAUGCUGCACGAGCUACAGGUGCUGCACGAGCCACAGAGGAUGAUAAAUCCCUCAAGAUCAGCAACUUAAGACUGGUCAGCUCUAGCAAUGGAAGCUGUGUACAGCAGGGUGACAUCAACAGCUGUACUGUGGAACGAGGAGAGACAGCCACGUUCCAGGGACUCCUCAAUGUUAACGGUGGGAAACGUUAUCUGCGUGUAGAUCUGAUCCUGAUCACACUGGAAUGGACCAAUGAGGAGUUCGGUAAAGUGGUCCACAGGACUCGGUUGUGUAAAAAGGUGGGAGGAGACGUGCAGAUUGAGGGAGGAUGUGGAAUCACCAUGAUGGUCCAAUGGAACUACAGACUAGUUCCGUUUCCGAUCAAGAUUCCAGAGAUUGACUACUCUCUUUCACAGGUAACAACCCACUUCAGGGCGCUGGCAACAGCAAUAUGGUCAAAUGGAUCCAUCAGUGAGGAGAAGGAAAUCGGUAGGUGUGAAGUCAUCAUAGAGUGAAAAUAUGUAAAAUGAAAAAUGAAUAUUGAACGAAGAUUCUUAUACUUUAUGUUGAAACAAACCAUUGAAUUUCUCUCAACCACGCACAAUGAUUUUAAGUACUUUUUCAAUAUAACUUAGUUCGCUUCAGUAUGCUUAUACAGUCCAAAGCUGAAUAAUGUAGAACAAGCUCGUAUUAUCCUUUAAGCGAGUAAGGAAGCUUUCAGCGUUUUAUGUUUCUAUAGUUUGUUUUUUUCUUUAUUUCUUUACCAUCGUUAUUUUGUAUUCUAGAGAUAGACAUGUGUCUUGAUGUUAGAAUUUAAAAAGUAAAAUUUAUAAACUUAAAAUACACAUAAUUAAAUUUUAAACUAUAUUAUUAUUUAGUGAAAGUAUAUUUUAUGUACUGAAAUUAUAUAAUCAUUUUCAGAAGUCUU